AUGAUAGAGGAGAUAUUUAUAGUUGGAGAGGGAGAAAGGGUUCUUUAUGGGGAUCCGAGCAGAUAUGUGAAGGGAAUGAAGUAUCCUGUGGAUGAGACACGAGGGACCCGAAUGCUACAGACGGCGAUAAAUGAUGUCAAGAUAUGUGUUUUGUAUAGUCUUAUAAGCGAUUUCUCUAUGAUGGAAUAUAUCGGGAGGCUGAGAAGAAAGCUUGAGGCGAAGCUGGGAAGGAUUUGUGAGAAAAGUGUUUUGGAAAACUAUUUUACACUACUUAGAAUUGUAAACGGACAGGAGAGUGUUGUGGUGUUUGAUGCAAAGAAGAGGCUCAUUCCACCCAUAGUGAGCAGUAAUAUGUACCUCGAUGUGUCUGAGGACAUGAAUGUUAUUGUUGAUGGUGAGGAUGUUAUACUGAACAGAACCGAUGGAAGAUGUUAUCUUAAUGGUGUAUUUGGGGAGGAGAGAAGAGUGAAGUUUGACAUAUGCGGAGCAAAGUCCUCUGUGAUUACGUACAAAAGUGCUGGGGAGGGAUCUGAAGGGCUUGAAGGAAUAAGAGUGAAUGUAAGGGUACACCGAAGCAAGACGGAAGCUGUCAGGUACUCAUGCAGUAACCUAGAGAGGCCUUUUUUGAUGAUUUCCAAGGCGGAUGGAGGAUACGUUUUGAGCUGUCAAAGUGCGACAAAAUUUGAUUGGCUUGAGGUAUGCUUCCCGAUUCCAAAGAAAGCAUCCAAGGUUGUGAGGAGCCAUAGCUCUGGAAAGAGCGUGUAUGAUGAAAAGAACGAUCUGCUGAGAUGGACAUUCAUGAAGGAGGUUGUAAGAAAGGAAAAGAUAAGCUAUCGUGUGGAAAUGUUCGAAGACUGUUCUGACUUGAGGCCCAUAAGCAUUAGUUUCUGCAUCAAGGAAUGGAAGGAUGCAAAAGUAAAGAUAGAAAGAGCAGAAUGUGUUGGAGAUCCUGGUGUGUGUUUUUGGAUCAGAUAUGGCGUGUCUAGCGGGAGGUAUGAAAUAAGAAUGUAA